CAUCCCAACGCGCCAGGACGAGGAGGAGGUGUUCCGUGGCGAAAAAUGAUCACAAAUCCAUGAAGAUGGCACGAUGGGGGAGAACCGCAGGCGCUGACUGACAGGAAGGUCACUGCGCACACCGAAUGUGGAUAUUUGGACUGCAAGUGAAGAUCGCAGAGCUUGAAGCACUGUGCUGGCUUUUUGUUUAAGGCAUGGAGGGAUUUACAUCUCGACAAGGCAGCACAGGAUAGAAGAUUUGACGAGCCAAAAGAGGACAGUGAAUAAGGACCUCACCGCAGAGAGGAGCCACAUAACAAGAACUGCUCUUCUUCAUCUUCUACACCGUCGGAUUCUGGUAUCUCAGCUGAUGACAAUCCCUCAGGUGGCUGAGUGAAGCUGCGGGAGGCCUCUGUCUGCUGAGGGGGGCGCCUCAGCGCCGACGCCAGUCACUUGCAGUCGCGCUCCAUCACGACAAACAUGUGGUUUUCAUCAAGGAGAUGUUGCCCCCCCUCACGGAACUGCCACAGUGCCCACCGCCGCACUAAUUUCAGUGCAUCCUUGUGGGUGUUGAGCUUUUGCUGGUGCUUCAUGCCCGUCAGAGGGCAGAACUACCACCCGACUGUCAACACGCAGUACGGGAAACUGCGAGGGGUGAGGGUGCCACUUCCUAGUGAGAUCCUAGGGCCUGUGGAUCAGUAUCUUGGCGUGCCGUACGCUGCAUCCCCGGUGGGAGAAAAACGCUUCAUGCCCCCCGAACCUCCUUCCUCCUGGUCAGGGAUCAAGAAUGCCACCCACUUUGCUCCCGUCUGUCCCCAAAAUAUUCACAACGCCGUGCCAGAGAUUAUGAUGCCAAUAUGGUUCACCUUCAACCUGGAUAUAGUCGCCACAUAUAUACAGGAUCAAAAUGAGGAUUGUCUCUAUCUAAACAUCUACGUACCAACCGAGGAUGACAUACGAGACACCGGGGCCAAGCCUGUAAUGGUCUACAUCCACGGAGGAUCCUACAUGGAGGGGACGGGCAACAUGAUCGAUGGGAGCGUCCUGGCUAGCUACGGAAACGUCAUCGUGAUCACUCUCAACUACCGUGUUGGCGUCCUCGGCUUCCUGAGUACAGGCGACCAGGCUGCCAAAGGUAACUACGGGCUUCUGGACCAAAUCCAGGCUUUAAGAUGGAUCAGCGAGAACAUCGGAUUCUUCGGAGGAGACUCCAACCGCAUCACUGUGUUUGGUUCUGGGAUCGGGGCUUCCUGUGUCAGCCUACUCACCCUCUCCCACCACUCUGAAGGUUUGUUCCACAGAGCCAUCAUUCAGAGCGGCUCAGCCCUGUCCAGCUGGGCAGUGAACUACCAGCCGGUUAAAUACACCCGUCUUCUGGCAGAGAAGGUCGGCUGUAAUGUCCUCGACACUCUAGACAUGGUGGAUUGUCUGAGGAAGAAGAGCUCCAGAGAGCUGGUGGAGCAGGACAUACAACCUGCCAGGUACCACGUGGCCUUUGGACCCGUAAUCGAUGGCGACGUCAUCCCAGAUGACCCCGAGAUCCUGAUGGAGCAGGGCGAGUUCCUCAAUUACGACAUCAUGCUGGGGGUCAACCAGGGCGAGGGCUUGCGGUUUGUAGAGAAUGUGGUGGAUUCAGAGGAUGGCGUCUCUGGGAAUGACUUUGAUUUCUCUGUGUCAGACUUCGUGGACAGUCUGUAUGGCUACCCGGAGGGCAAGGACACACUGAGAGAGACCAUUAAAUUCAUGUACACAGACUGGGCAGACCGGGACAAUCCGGAGACCAGACGUAAGACCCUGGUUGCUCUGUUCACCGACCACCAGUGGGUGGAGCCUUCAGUGGUAACGGCUGACCUCCAUGCCCGCUACGGCUCACCCACCUAUUUCUAUGCCUUCUACCACCAUUGCCAGAGUUUGAUGAAGCCUGCGUGGUCAGACGCUGCCCACGGCGAUGAAGUGCCAUAUGUGUUUGGAAUUCCCAUGAUUGGUCCCACUGACCUGUUCCCGUGCAACUUUUCGAAGAAUGAUGUCAUGCUGAGCGCAGUGGUCAUGACCUAUUGGACCAACUUUGCCAAGACUGGGGAUCCAACAAAACCAGUUCCUCAAGACACCAAGUAUCACACAAAGGCCAAUCGCUUUGAAGAGGUCGCCUGGUCCAAGUACAACCCCCAGGACCAGCUGUACUUACACAUUGGCCUGAAACCACGUGUGCGUGACCACUACCGCGCCACCAAAGUGGCCUUCUGGAAACACCUAGUACCGCACUUGUACAACCUUCAUGACAUGUUCCAUUACACAUCCACCACCACCAAAGUGCCCCCACCAGAGACCACCCAUAACACCCUGUCCACCAAGAGGCCCAACGGGAAAACUUCCUGGCCUUUCAACACCAAACGGCCUCCCAUGUCUCCGGCCUACAACAGUGAAGACAAAGACUCCUGGAGUGAUGAUGAGGAGAGGGGACCAUUGGUGGUGGAGAACCCACGAGAUUACUCCACAGAGCUCAGCGUCACGAUCGCUGUAGGAGCGCUACUGUUUCUCAAUGUGCUGGCCUUCGCCGCUCUGUACUACCGCAAGGAUAAGCGGCGGCAGGACUCCACUCAUGGGCAGCCCAGCCCGCAGCGCCAGUCUGCUUCCAAUGACAUUGGCCACCAUGCCCCCGAGGAGGAGAUCAUGUCGCUGCAGAUGAACCAGACGCACCACGAGUGCGAAGCAGGGAACAGCAACGAGGGGGCAUUGCGCUUGGCCUCGCUGCCAGACUACACGCUCACUCUACGGCGCUCUCCUGACGACAUUCCUCUCAUGACGCCCAACACCAUUACCAUGAUCCCCAAUUCUCUGGUGGGCAUGCCCAACCUGCACCCCUACAACACCUUCACAACCGGCUUCAACUCCACCGGUCUGCCGCACUCCCACUCAACUACCCGCGUAUAGCUUUAAGGACGCCGGGGGGCAGUCGCCAACACAGGAGGAGGUGUGGAGGAGGAGCAGAAGAAUUAAAAGAACAGAGGAGAG